AUGGCUUCCAAGUCUUUUUGCCUCUUCUUUUUAGUGUUGUGUUCAUGGGUUUCUGUGGGUUUUUCGCAGGGUGGCGGUGGCGGCGGUAGUUUGCCGUGCAUGCAAAAGCUUCUUCCAUGCCAACCCUAUUUGAAGUCAUCUUCUACACCACCAGCAGCUUGUUGUGUCCCACUGAAACAGAUCAUAGCCGACGAUAGUAAGUGUGUUUGUGCCGUAUUUAACAAUCCCGAAAUCAUGAAAGGCCUCAAUGCAACGCAAGAGGAUGCUCUCAAUAUGGCAAAGCAUUGUGGUUCUAAUGCUGAUACAUCCGUUUGCAAAACAGCCUCUACACCAACUGUUUCACCAUCUCCACCUUCUUCUAAUAGUAGUUCACCUGCGAAAAGUUCAGCUUCUGUGGUUUCUUAUUUUGGGGGAUCCGAUUCCCUAACACUGGCAGCGGCAGCCAUUCUGAGUUUGAUUCCUGCAACCAUAAUAUUCUAG